UCGCUUGUUCGUCCGUUGUUGCACAUCGAGUCAAUCGUUUUCAGUGAGAGAGCGCGUUCCUCCGCGCUCAAAUAUACAUAACCUAAAAACUAAACAAUCUUGAUUAUUUUUAGUACUGUUUAAAAUCGUUAUUACUAUAUAAAUACUCAUGAUAACCUCGAAUUUUUAGUUUGUGUUGUGAAAGACUACGCCUAAGCAAGGGGGCGUACGUGGAGUGUAUUUUUGUGGCUAACAAAGUAAAUACAAACGGCAAGCUGUGGGGAUCGGGGGCCUUUUUUUUGCCGCCGCAGGGGAUGUAUUAUCCUGUGAGUAACGGCAAUGUCAUCGACACAGGAACACAUACCCUACUGCAUAUGGUGGGGACGGGUAUGGCGACCCCGUUCCCUGCGGCGGCGGCGGCUGCGGCUGCGGCUGCACAAUUUGCCGCUAAUGGCGAUGCCCUUGCGGGAGUGAAGGCGGACGCAAGUGGCCCGACGCCCUCUUCACAACCACCUCUAGUUAAAAGCGAAGGUCCACCGACAUCGACAGCGCUCUCGACGAACAAUUUCUCACCCCAACCUCAGUCACAGCAUCAGAAUUCAAUAGAAAACCAGAAUAGUUCACAAAGCGAAGGGGAGUCAAACGAAGAAAACACGCCGGUGAGCGUGGCAGCCGCAGUAGCACAGCAGGCGGCGGCUGUUGCUGUGGCGCAGCAGACCGCAGCCGCCCACGCCGCGGCCGCCGCUGUCAAUGCGGCUGUCGCAAACGCAAAUGCAUCCGUGGCCACAUCACCAGAGAAGACUUUAGUGCCGAUGUCACAAGCCUCGCAACCAAAGCGGCUACACGUCUCCAACAUACCGUUCAGAUUUAGAGAUCCCGACCUCAGAAAUAUGUUUGGGCAAUAUGGCACAAUACUUGAUGUAGAAAUUAUCUUCAACGAGCGCGGAUCGAAGGGAUUCGGUUUUGUAACAUUCGCAAAUAGUGGUGAUGCGGAGCGAGCACGAGAGCGUCUUCACGGCACCGUGGUUGAGGGCAGAAAGAUAGAGGUCAAUAACGCGACAGCGCGGGUACAAACGAAGAAACCGCCAACCGUUCCAAACGUGUGUGUGCAGUGGCCCGAAGGUGAGACCUCGCCAUUUGUGUCCGGCGCCGGCUCGCUGCGAGGUGCGGCCGUGCUGCGCGCCCGCUCCCCGCGCCCCGCACCGCACACCCUCCCGCACGCACAGCACGCCUUGUUGCCCCGCGCCGCCGCCUACGCACAUCACUUGCACGCCUACGCACCUGUUUAUUACGACCCGUUCCUAGCCGCAGCCGCUACAGCUGACUCCAACUACAGACUACAGGCCGCGAAGCCGGCAGCCGAGGCCGCAGCAGCCGCGGCGGCGGCAGCGAGCCCCCUGCUGAAGUCUCCGCUGACGUCGGCGCAGCACUCGGCGCUGGCGGCGGCCGCGGCGGCGAACUACGGGGCCGCCGCGCGCGCCGCCGCCGCCGUCUCCGCCGCGCCCGCGCCCACCGCCCUCGCGCCCGUGCCCGCCACGUACGGCAGAGAAUAUGGAGAUCCUUACCUAGGACACAGUAUAGGACCGGUUACUGGCUAUGGGGCUGCAGUAUACAGGAGUGGAUACAACAGAUUCGCACCGUACUAAGCCAGUGGAUGAAACGAUUCAACUCGAAUAUGAAAAAAAACUCCGUCACCGUUACAUGACAAUGAACUCUCUCGUAAACGUACAAAUAUGUAAUUCUUAAACGUAAGGAAGAAGGAAACUUAGAAUAUAGAAAACAGCGAAGCGGUAGUACGAAGAAGAAGAUCUCCGUCGCGAUCCUGCUGGCGUCUGAGAACGUUACCUGCGAGACGAUCCGUCUCCGGGGACUAGUAUACCAAAGCCGUUAACAAAAAAAAUGUCUAACGCAUAACUUAUUAAGUUUAAUAAUCCAUUGUAAAUUUAUACGUGUACCUAAUUCGAUACAAGUGCGGGCAGCUGAAACGCUUUCCUUCUGUAGCGAGAGCGCCGCGAAACGUACUCCUAUUAACUAUAUAUGAGGCCGUCAGCGCAGAAGUGGCCUAAGCUUACCAAGUAUGGAGGCAAUUAGUUUUGAAUUUUCAUGAAUUUGAAUUUCGAGUAGGCAAAAAAAUAAUGUUUACGAAACUAUCUGUUAUUUAUGGGGUGAAACUAUGGAUAGGCCGGUUUUGCAUUAAAAUUUAUUAUAUUUUAAAUAAAUUCCAAUAUAUGUCAUAUAAGCUUGAAUAUAAAAAAUUGUGGGUUAGGCCACUUUUGCGCUGAUUUCCUCGUAUAUGAUUGACUACAGUGCGGCUUUAGAUGCAAAACGAACUUUGUUAAGAACGCACAUAGCAUUAUAAUAUUGUUGUCUCGUGUAGUUGUUACAUUAUGGUAAUGACAAUAGUUAAACGAUGUAAAGAUAUUUAGAGAGCUUUGCACUUGCAUAUCACGUUGUAAUGGAGUUUGUAAAUACCUCACAAUUUACAUUAAUACUCACCGUGACUGCGGUCGCGUUUUUGCAAUGCAAAAAUAUAAAGUUGAUUCUACGAAUGUUUUAUAUAUAUAUAUAAUCUUUCCCAAACCAAUAUAUAUUAUGUAAAUUAUCUAGUAAAAUAUACAAUAUUGUUCUUGAUUACUCGAUGAGAUAAUUUCAGAUUUUAUCAGUUUUUUUUUCUUCAUUUAUAUUAAAUUUCUUUAUGAAUUAUCCUUUUGGUCUCCUAUUGUACUUUAGGGGUAAAAUGUUAUCUAGUAAUCAAAGUAUGUAAACAAUAGUUAGAAUAAUUUAUUAUUCCUACGUAUGUAUGUUACGUACAUGGUCAUUGAUUCAGCAUAAAAUUUCAAGCUUUUUCUAUGCACCCGUUUAAAUAAUAAAAUAAAAUACUCAGAAUGUUGAGUGGUGCAAUUUUAACAGGUGCCGUCUCUAUUGUCGCCAUUGUUCUCAUAUACUUAUAUUAAUUACACUAGAAACACAUUUGGUUGCUAGCUAAUUUUUGUAGUAGUAUCGUAUAAAUUAUUUAAAGUUUAGUUGCACUGUGUAAUCUUGCAUCUCAUAAUGAAACUCUUAAACUCGUAACUACUAAGAAAUAUUAUAUUGUAUAUUGAACUCUUAUACGGAAAUAGGGUAAACAAUACUGUUAUUGGCACCAGUAAUACACAUUCUCUUAAAAUUUCAGAAAAUAAACGAUUUUUCCGUUUAUUGGUAAGUCUAUUUUACUAUAGUAAGUGGCCAUAUUAAGCUUUUUGUAAAAUUAUUAAAUCGUUCACAUCUGCCUUAAAAAUUGUGUGGAUGUGAUGGUGAUAAUAGAAAUAGAAGGACCAAUUUGAAAAAAAAAAAAGAUUUUUUUUGUAUAGGCUUAUGAAACUGAAAAGAGCAGUUGACUAAUUAAUUAUCUUUGUUUCUCAAUUAUUACAUCGGAUUAAAAAUAAUUAAAUGUUUUCAUAAAACAAAGCUUCCGUGCCAGUGGGCGUAACAGAAUGCCAGUGCCAAUCAUUGUAUAGUUUACCCUAGCCCUGUUUUUGUAAAUGACGUGUAAAAUUGCUUUUCGAUUAACAGAUUAGAAAUGAGAAGUUAUAACGCAGUACAUUUGUUACGAACUGUAGGUUGCUAGAUAAUAUCUAAUGUUUACUUGAUACGUAGGCGUAAUGCUUUUAGCUUUAGCGGAAUUAGGAAUGAAGCGAACUCCGUCGAGUUCUCACAUAUCAUUGAGAUUUUCUCCUUGUAAUUUUUUUAAUUCAUUUUAUAAUGUAAUUUUUAAACAUUUUUUUUUUUAAUCCGAACCGUGUCGUUAUUUAAAUAAUUGAAUCUGAACGUAAUGUAUUUUCGUUUUAUUGAACAAGCACGCAUACGGGUCCAACCCUUUUAGGUGUCGUAAAUUUUAGAUCGUACAUUUUCAUUAGGAUGUAAAUUUUAUUAUAUAGCGUGUACGGAUUCGCUCAACGUUUUAUACCAAAGCACAAAAACCCAACGAUUCUCGCGUGAUCGGAAAAUUAUUCAAGUCACCAACUAACUUCUCUAUAUAGAUUAAAUAGUCUUUCAUUCGGAAAAACUUACAUAAUCUAUUUUAACAAAACGUAUUUUAAUAAUUUUCAUUAAAAUUAGUAGAAUAUUCUCUACGGACAUAUCUGAUUGCCAUCUAGAUUAGUGUUUAUAUCAUGACGUGCGUAGUUCGAAGAUAUGAUUAAAUAGAUCUGAAACGGUUUCUGCGCUGCGCCGUGCGAUAUAAUCAAACGAAAAUAAUAAUUAUUAAGUCGUGCUGCUUCGUUGUUUUUAUGGUGGUUUAGAUAGUUUUUUUUUUUUUUUUUUAAUAAACCUUUUUACGCCACGGCAGUUCGAACGUGCUGCCAGCGAAAUUUUUGAAAUAAAAUUUAAGAUCACGUUAAUUACACUCGUUGAUCAUACACAAUGAUUUACGUAUGAACUCUAUAGACGUCUGUCAUUGUCUAAUAAAAUAUAAAAAAAAUAUAGCAAUUUUUUAGGUGCCGUGGCGUGCUAAAGGCUGAGUUUUAUUGAGCAUACGCUGACGUCGGGUACGCGUGACCCUGCGGUGUGUAGCAACUCCAUGACACGUUCUAGUCUCUCAGCGCACAAUUAUAUGUUACGUGAACCACACGAAGGUGCUUACAGUUAUCUCUUUUUUUUUUUGUACAAUAACUGUCGUGAACAUCCGCCUCUCCGAGUCCGACGGUCCUCUCUGCGGGUUCCGUCUCGAACUGUUCGUGUCAUAUAUAUAUAUUUUUUUUUUUUAAUUACUCGUGUACAAGAACGCACUCACCUCCUUAGUGCCACUGGCUUUACGUUUGUAAGUUACAAUCGAUAAUUUUAUUAGGUAAUUAUUAUUAUUAUUUUUUAUGUAAUUGUAGUCUCGUUGCAGCUUCGAACAAAAUAUGUGCUUUACUGCGGAAUACUCACGCGUGGUCGCGUUAUUUUUUUUAAACAUUAGUUUUUAGUUACUUCGUAUAUUGUUUUAUAGCGGUCUUUUAGCCGAGUACAGAUAUAAGUACACGUGAUUUGUAUUCGAUGAUUUUAUUUUCGUUUAGUUUUUAAUUAUUAAUUAGUGAUCGUAUUGAAAUCGGAAACGGAAGUCACAAAAAUUUUUUUAUUGUGAUCGUUGCGGCAAUAAACGAUACGCGCCUUGGUUUUUUUUUUUAAAUUGAAUUAGAAUUUAAAUGUCAAUCAAAUUAGUGUAAAAAUAAAUCAGACGGUUACGAAUUACAUUGAAACAUUCAGAAGUCGUGUUUGUUUAUUGUUGCCCUAAAGCUAUUGAAUAUUUUUAUAUAUAAUUUAAAUGACAAUGCGGAUAAAUCAUAAAUGCAGGUCGAUCAUUGUGUUUAGAAGGAAGAGAUCAUAAUGUAAGCCAAAUUAAUUGUUACAUGGGGAAAAAUCAGAAUUUAACUGACAUAUCUGACAAAAUGGUUAGUGUGAUAUGAGGAUAAAGCAUCAGAUACAAUGUAUUAUAGUUAUAUUAAUAAUCGAUAAAAUUAAGGAUGUAAUAUGUAUUUUGUAACGCGAUAUGUUUCUCGAUUUUUAGGAAAUGUUAAAAUUUUCAUACUAAAUAUUGUCUAGUUGUUUUAUGCUGUGCACAAAUUAGACGGCUUCGAUUCUAAUAUAAUAUUAGAUGUAACAAACGUUGUUGUUAUGUGCAUAAUGAAUCAUAUCAAUUAGAUAUCACCCCCCCCCUUUUACCUACAUCUUAGUAUUGUUGGUGAUGGACCACUCCCGGCCCGGAUGUUGUAUUCUCUCAUUCGUAUUGUUGAAUUUGUGCAGUAAAUUAAGUAACACUUGUUCGUCAAUUGCACUCGAUCCGUUGCGUUGGUAAAUAAAUAGCAAAUCGCGAUUUUUAAUUUUACAUUUUUGUUUUUGAACUUCGAUCACACAGUUGAUUUUUCAAAUCGUAGCUCAGCUAACAAUAGCGCGCAAAUCCUUUAUUUUUUCGAACAGCGCUGAUAAAAUACAGAAUAUCUUUGCAUAAGGACUCUGUCAGGUAUAGUAGCGCGUCUGUAGCAAAUGACCAUCCAAGGAGGACAAACAUCACAAAAGUCCUUAGGAGAUUUUCAGUUGUAUUUUAGUCUCCGUUAAAAAUUAAACACUUUUUUUUUCUUGCGCGAUGCUGUCAGUUUUGCGACGAAAUGUCAUUCAUGUGUCACAUGUGUGAAGCGAUUUACGCGAAUAUAAACCUUACGCGUACGAAUAAAAUAUAUGAAAACAAAAAAAUAUUUAAAUUUAACUAUGAACCGAUCUAUUUUAACCUUUAAAUUCGCCAUUUUGCAAAUAAUAAAAAAAUGUGCGCGCAUUAUGUCAGGGUACCUUCCGUAUUUUCCUCAUAGAACAGAGCAAAAGGUCCCAAAUAUUGAGCUUAAUCAAAUUAGUAACAAAAUUAUUGAAAAACUUUCGGUAGUUUUUGCAUGGUUUUAAAAAAAAAUUAAAUUUGUUUCGAAUCGAUUGAUUUAGGGUUAACCUAAUAACAAUUUCGUUUGUUCCAAAUUCAAUGUCUACUUCUGUUACAGUUUUUUUCAAUAAAAUCUCAUUCGACCAGUAUUUUCUAAUUAACUAUUCUAGUCUGAUAGAUGUGACAAUAAAGACACCGCUCUCUAUCGCUUCGUGUGCCGUGAACACAUUUGCACAUAGAACAAUAAAAAUAAAAAAAAUGCGAAUUUAAAGGUUAUUAGAACGCAAUUGCGGUCCGCGCGACCGGAACGACUCACCAGUAUUCACAAUAGAUACCGUGCUCAAACCGUAUCUGUAAAUUGUAAGAGUUACUUAUAUAUAACAAGUUUUAAAAGUUAAAAUAUAAAUUGUUACAUGAUGAAUGUCUUCCGUUUGGCACAUUAUACACAUUUUCGCACAUUAUAUUGUUGCACGGACCCGUUUGGACCCUUGAUGUGUGAAUGGAAAACUAAAGUAUUCGGGUCCUAGUGCACAGUGUGUUUCCGAACGAUUUGUGAUUCUAAUGUAAACAUACGAAAGAUGAUUUUUUUUGUGUAGCAAUUUAAAAAUGAAUUGCAGUGUUGAUUUCAUCUUUUAAUGUAAAUAUUUUUUUUUAUUGGAAAAUGAAUUGAAGUGAAUCAUUGAAGCCUCUGGCAUUGUGUACUCAUUUAUGUUAUAAAUAAAUUAAUGGUAUGCA